CCCCGUAGAGAGACAGUCAGGUGAUCUCCCAACAAUGGCGGCCUCCGUGCUAAACAGGAGGGCGUCCCAAAUGUGGUGCCUGUUUAGGGGGAUUUGGCCCCUGUAUACACCGCUUCCCGUGUCUACGUGUUGUAACCUGAUCCAGGUAGCCAACUAUAACUGCAGACCGCUCCGACUGAACAUAAAGGAUGCGUACUUCCCUGACUGGAACAGCGAGCGCACCCCGGACUGGCAGAAGACUGACAAGUUUGAACGAAAGCUAUACGGGAGACUCGGUUCGGCCUCUGGCGUCGACCCGACCCGUUUGUGGCCAAGUCCCGAGCAGCUGAGCGAGAUGAUGGCGGAGGAGCGGCUGUGGCACCCGAGCCUGCAGGAGAUGCAGAAGAACAUCGCGGUGAAGGAGAGGGAGCUCGCUAAGAAAAGACAAGCAAGGUGAGAGCUCUGUGGUGCUGUGCAGGU